UUAAGCUAAGAAAAAGAUGGGUCUUCUAUUCUUCGCCGUGCGAAAUGAAGUUGACAGUUCACCGAACAACAGUCCAUAGUAAAGUUAGGUUCUAAGAACUGUGCAUCCUAUUAUGUAACCCAGAAUGCGUAAGAAUUAUGCUAUAAUUAUGGAAACCACGUAAUGAUCUUGGCAAGUGAUUCAAUUGGAGAAGCAGAUGUAGUUUCAAGAGAUUUCCUGACAAUCAGAGCAGUUGUGAAUGAAGAAUGCACAAUAACAAGCAAAUAUGGGUGUCUACACACAGGGCAGCAGACUGCAUUUAUUCACAUUAAUGUUCCAAAGCUGGUCACGGUAGCCAAGCGGCCUAAGGCGUGUACUGUCUUCACUCACUCAGAAGCUGGGAUCUUGGUUUCGAAUCCCACACAAGGCAUGGGUGCUUGUGAGAUAUUAUCAGUCCUUGCUGGCUGUCUGUCACUGCUUAUUCAAAAUAACUGCAACUACCCUCUGUAUCUGGGGAUCACCUUCAUCAACAAUCUCAGGACACAGCGACAAGAUGCCCAUUCAACAUGGAGAAAUUAAUCUGCCAUAUACAUUCAUACCGUUACUGCAGAACAGGAGGUCUCAGGUAAAGUAUAGUAAAGCUAUCCCUGUAACAGGCCAUGAAGGCCCAUAGGGUUGUUAGACGUUGAGGGUCCCACAUUAUCUA